UUUUAAUAACCGGAGCCGAGCGGCCGGGAGGGUUUUUUUUUUCCUCCCUCGUCCGUCGCCGUCCCGUCGGUGAUUGCUCCCCCCGCUCCCAACCCCCUUCCCGAGCCCGGCCGGCUGGCUGGAAGGAAGGUGGGCAGCACCAUGGACGGGCUGGCCGUGGAAGUGCGCGGCUCGAACGGCGCUUUUUACAAGGGAUUUGUCAAAGAUGUUCAUGAGGAUUCUGUCACCAUUGCCUUUGAGAACAAUUGGCAACCUGAGCAACAGCUUCCAUUCAGCGACGUGCGCUUACCACCACCUGCAGAUUUCAACAAAGAGAUCAGCGAAGGGGAUGAAGUUGAGGUAUACUCCAGAGCUAACGAACACGAACCAUGUGGAUGGUGGAUGGCAAGUGUGCGGAUGAUGAAAGGAGAUUUUUACGUGAUAGAAUACGCUGCUUGCGAUGCCACAUACAACGAAAUAGUCACCAUGGAGAGGCUUCGCCCUGUCAAUCCUAACAAGACUGCCACCAAGACCAUGUUCCACAAACACACCAUCCCAGUGCCAGAGGACCUUAAGGAGGCCUGUGCAAACGAGAAUGCUCACAAGGAAUUCAAAAAAGCUGUUGGAGCCCACUCCAUUGUGUACAACCACAGCACCGGCGAGCUGGUACUCUUGUCUAUUAAUGAGUCAACUGUGAAACGGGCAGGCUUGCUGAGUGAUAUGCAUUUCCGCAGUAUUCGUACCAAACUGAUGCUGAUGUCCCGAAACGAGGAGGCAACUAAACACCUUGAGACCACCAAGCAGCUGGCAGCUGCUUUCCAGGAGGAGUUCCGUGUCCGGGAGGAUCUGAUGGGGCUUGCCAUUGGAACACACGGUGCCAACAUUCAGCAGGCCAGAAAAGUACCUGGGGUGACGGCGAUUGAACUGGAUGAGGACACGUGUACAUUCCGAAUAUAUGGAGAGACACCAGAAGCAGUAAAACAGGCUCGGGGUUACCUGGAAUUCUCUGAGAACUCGGUCCAAGUGCCACGAAGCUUGGUUGGCAAAGUGAUUGGCAAGAAUGGGAAAGUAAUUCAGGAGAUUGUGGACAAGUCUGGUGUGGUGAGGGUUCGGAUUGAAGGAGACAAUGACAAGAGACUGCCCAGGGAAGAGGGUAUGGUUCCUUUCACAUUUGUUGGCACCAAGGAGAAUCUAGUGAAUGCUCAAGUGCUGCUGGAGUAUCACCUGUCCUAUCUGAUGGAGGUAGAACAGCUCCGAUUGGAGAGGCUGCAGAUAGACGAACAGCUCCGACAGAUUGGCAUGGGAUACCGUCCGCUGUCCACGCGCGCAGACAAGGAGCGUGGCUACAUGACGGAUGACAGCACUGCCUCUUCCAUCCACAGCUCGAGAUCCUACAGCGGCCGAGGUCGAGGAAGGCGAGACAACAACUCUGACUUCUCCAAUGCUUCCGAGACCGAAUCAGAGCGCAGGGACGAGCUGAGUGACUGGUCGUUGGGCCAGGCCGAUGAGGAUCGGGAUCGCAGGCAGGGAUCAGAUCCUAACCGGAGGAGGCCAGCCGGAGGCCGUGGACGCGGAGGUCCUCCCUCUGGGAGAGGACGUGGAGGAGGCAGAGGUGGGACAUCAUCGAUCAGUGCUGUGCUGAAGGAUCCUGACAGCAAUCCCUACAGCCUGCUGGAGAACGCCGAAACUGAUCAAGCCGGCGACACGGAUGCCAGUGAGUCACACGCUAACAUGAGCCGGCGCCGUAGGUCUCGCAGACGCCGCACCGAUGAUGAUGCCACCAUGAUGGAUGGGGUUGUGGAGUCCGACACUGCGUCUGUCAAUGAGAAUGGUGUGGACGAAAGCGAGGGGCGACCUCCCCGAAGGAACCGGAGCCGGCGGCGCCGCAAUCGUGGAAACAGACUGGACGGUUCCCUGAGCCGAGACAGGCAGCCAGUUACAGUGGCCGAUUAUAUUUCUCGUGCCGAGUCGCAGAGCAGACAGUGUGUCUCGCAAAAAGAACAAUCCGAGGGAGCCCCUGAGCAGGAGCCGAAGGAAAAACAACUGGAGCGGGUGGACCCCAGUGACGAGCCCAGUGCCGUGCCCAACGGCCCCACCAAUAGUCUGAGCGACAGCGCCACCAAGACAGCGGGCAGCUCCCAGGAGUGUGGGAGAGCCGGUGCCACCAUCAAGCAGCAGGCUGUGGUCAACGGUGUUUCAUAAAAUGCCACAGCCUCCACCCUUGAAUCUCAGUCCCGCUUGCAUCAUGUUUAUUCAAUAGUGCUUGUCAAAGCUUGCCAAAGAUAGGAAACCUGAAUACUACGUAACUACUUACCAAUACCCGACUCGACACAGCACUUGCCCUCCCCUUACCCUCAGCACUGGACAGAGGUUUGAGGGGAGGUGUUCAACAUAUAUCUGUGUAUCUGUUUUUUGACAUUUAAUUAAAAAGUUCGAGGAAUUAAAAAAAAAUACACAUUUAAAAAAGCAAAAAAAAAACAAAAAACCCAUUUAAAUAAAGAUGUUGUGCCUUCUAACAGUGUAAAAGAAAACUGUGGGAUUUUGUUUUCUGAUGUUUUGAUGGCGCAGGUCAGUGACUGAUAUAUUUAAAUAUGAGGUUUGGUUAUAGAAGCUGAAGAUGGAUAGAUCAGAACAAGUCUGGUAGAGUGUGUGAAGGAAGGAUGUCGGUUACUUAAAAGCUGUAUGUUUCAAAAGAAAACAUUUAAAAUUCUACAGGGAAAAAAAUCGCAAAAAAAGGAAACUUGAGUAUGCAACCACUUCUGGUAAGGAGACACUGUAUAAAAUAAUGCAGUCUGUAUUACUUGCACUGAUUAGUAAAAUCAUUAAAAAAAGGAACAACGAGUAUAACUGGGGGGAGAAAAAUAAAUAAAAGCAGAAAUGAUUCAGUCAUUGCUGAUUCGAAUGUAAGAAGAAAACACUGGAAGGGAAAGAGGUAGAGAGGAGCAUGAAGAAGGACUGAGUGAAAAGUAAGGAGGCUCCAGAGAUUGCAGAGGAGAGAGGAUUGUCAAGAACGUUGGACAAAGCAGCUUCAUUUAAAAGGUUAAUUUAUUUUCACUGUACAGUAUUUAAAAACCGAACUCUCUAUAGCCUUGUAUCACACUAACCCUAAUGCCCACAUUUCUUCAGUGCGAGUGUAUGACACUGAGCCCAAGCAGCUGUUUUUGAUACUUGUUACCUGUUGUGCUGCAGGAGGAUGGCUAGUGCGUGUGAUCAUGAGACUUCAAAUGGCAAAAAUAAUCUAACAUUAAUUAUUCUUUUCUUUUAAAUUACUUCAUGACUCUAGUUACAAAACGCGCACACAGCUCCUCGCUGAUGGCAGCAGCCAGACUCGGAGCCAGUAGGCUCCUUGUUCUGGUGGAGGGGUGACUAAAGGUGUAGGCAGUACCAGCCUGGUUUGCUUAGGAGUAGGGAACAGGGCUGGGUUAUCACAGCACAGUCUGUGACAGCCUUCUAACCCAAUGGGGGCUUCUUGACAAGUUGGCCCUGCCUGAUGUUGAGCGGACCAGAGCAGGAGUCAUUGCAGCAACUGGAUGGUCAGCAGCAGCCAGUUUUCCUGCAAAUGAGAGCAAUUUAAGAGGAACAAGUUAUUCAAAUGCUCGAAAGUUGGCAAGGUGCCCGGUGUGAGACUUUCUGCCCUGCAGGUGUGCGCAUGUCUAGGUUGCCAGUUUGCUACCACGAAUGAAGUAAUUUUUGUUUCUGUGUUGAAAUUUUUAAAAAUAAUUUUGCCCACCGUGCAUCUUCAACAGUUUGAAGGAUAUUUGAAACUGCGUUACGGUGUCAAUUUGGAUCUGUAUCGUACACUCUGGUUGUUUAAUGGGGAAACCUGGAUAGUGCCACAAGUUGGUUGGCUCUGACUGUAGAAGGGGGUUGGUUUCCUGUCUCUGAACUGUCUUGUGUAUGAGAUCCCAAACUACGAAUGUUUUUGUCCUUUUUAGUUUUUCUUUUUUUUAAAAAAAAAUUGUUUCUUUUUGGUUGAUGUGCAAUAUGUUUUCUUUGUAUGCAAGUAGUUCCAAAAUAAAGUUUGAUCUUCCAUCUUCUAAA